UACCAUGGAAGCAGAAGAAACGAUGGAAUACAUCCAGGAGUUUCCUGAACAUUAUAAAGUUAUUUUGGAUAGACUGAAUGAACAGCGUGAGCAGGACCAGUUUACAGAUAUCACGCUGAUUGUUGAUGGUCACCAUUUCAAAGCUCAUAAGGCUGUUCUUGCUGCCUGUAGUCAGUUUUUCUACAAAUUCUUCCAAGAUUUCACUCAGGAGCCUUUGGUGGAGAUUGAAGGUGUAAGUAACAUGGCAUUUCGUCACCUAAUUGAAUUCACCUAUACAGCAAAACUAAUGAUUCAAGGUGAGGAAGAAGCAAAUGAUGUUUGGAAAGCAGCUGAGUAUCUACAGAUGUUAGAAGCAAUCAAAGCACUUGAAAUCAGGAACAAAGAAAAUUCAUCACCCUUAGAAUCAAAUCAAGAAGAAGGUAAAAAUAAGCCAAAAAAGAGGAAGAUAGCUGAAACCUCUAAUGUUAUCACAGAAACAUUGCCAUCUGCAGAAUCAGAGCCUGUUGAAAUUGAGGUUGAGAUUGCUGAAGGAACAAUUGAAGUGGAAGAUGACAGCAUGGAAACGCUUGAAGUAGCUUCUGCAGAGCAAUCCAUAAAGUACAUACAGACAACGGGUACGUCAGAUGAAUCUGCUUUGGCUCUUUUGGCAGACAUUACCAGCAAGUAUCGUCAGGGAGAGAGAAAAUGCCAGAUCAAAGAAGGUGAUAGUGGAACUGAUCCCUCGUGCAAACAGGUAGAAGGUAUUGAAAUUGUGGAACUUCAGCUGUCACACGUGAACAAUUUAUUCCACUGUGAGAAAUGUAACCGUUCAUUUAAAUUGUUUUACCAUUUUAAGGAACACAUGAAAACACACUCUACUGAAAGUUACAAGUGUGACAUAUGCAAUAAAAGGUACCUACGAGAGAGUGCUUUGAAACAGCAUCUCACCUGUUACCAUCUUGAUGAAGGUGGUGCCAGCAAGAAGCAAAGACCUGGUAAAAAAAUACAUAUAUGCCAGUACUGUGAUAAGCAGUUUGACCACUUUGGACAUUUUAAAGAGCACCUCCGGAAGCACACAGGUGAAAAACCAUUUGAAUGUCCCAACUGCCAUGAACGUUUUGCAAGGAAUAGUACACUCAAAUGUCACCUGACAGCAUGUCAGUCUGGAGCUGGAGCUAAAAAGGGAAGAAAGAAACUGUAUGAAUGUCAGGUUUGUAACAGUGUGUUUAACAGCUGGGAUCAAUUCAAAGAUCACUUGGUAAUACACACCGGUGACAAACCCAACCACUGUACUUUAUGUGAUUUGUGGUUUAUGCAAGGCAGUGAGCUAAGAAGGCAUCUCAAAGAAAGGCACAGCAUUGAAGAGCAAACAAUAGCAGAAGAACCUCUUCCCGUGGAAGCUGAACCGGUUACAUCAAUGACUAUAAUAGAACAAGUGGAACAAGUCCAUGUCCUUCCAGUAAUUCAGGUGCAAGUGGAUCCUGCACAGGUAACUGUGGAACAGAUGCACCAGGAUCUCAUACAGGACAAUCAAGUGAAAGGCACACAGAUAGAUGAACUGCAAGAACAGGUGCAAAUCAGUUACUUAGAAGUUGAACACAUUCAGACUGAACAAGGUGCAGAAGUUCAUGUGGAGCAGUUACAUGUUGAGCAUGUAAAUCAAAUACAGAUGGAAGAAGUACAGGCAGAACUUAUAGAUGGAACAGACCUGGAACAAGUACAAUAUGAAAGCGUUAAUCAAGGAGAAGCAGAAGAGCCUGAAAAAAUAGAUGAUGCAGAUAAGGAAAAUCAUGAACAAGCUGAAGACUUGAAAGCUGCAUUAGUGGAUACACAGAAUGAAAAGGUGGAUGACUAGGACAAAUAAACCACACCGCAGGUUUAGGAAUGGAAUACCAAAUUCUACUUUUUUGUUAACUUUUACAUUGGUUUUUGAACUGUCAGUGGUCACCUUUUCAAUACCCUAUCCUAUGGAAGCUGGUCAAGUGGACCAAAAUUAUCUUUUUCAUGCACAACUAAACUUAGUCCAUAUGUGAAAAAUAACUUUCCCAUUCAUGUAAAACCAUGGAAUAGAAACUACCAUAGAUGUGGUAUCCUCAGCUUUUGAGGAGUUUACUAAUUAAUAGCUUGUAUUGUUCUUGCCCCAUCCCUGGGUAUAUGUAAGAGUAACUUCACCUCUUCACCUCUUGGAAUAGAGGAAAACUUGUUACAGAUUUGCAGGAUGUCUGUGGCAGAAGAAUCAGUAAAAUUUAGUGGGGUUUACUGUAAGUGGCAGUUGGGUACCUGUGAAUUUUUUGGACCACACUGC